AUGCAGGCAACUUGCGAAACUCCAAGGUACAUUAUGCCUCAUCAUGGCGUUUUUAGGCCAGAAAGUAGUACUACAAAAUUACGCGUUGUUUUUAACGCAUCAGAGGCAACGUCAUCUGGACAAUCGCUUAAUGAUAAUUUGUAUUCAGGAUCCGUUGUCCAAGAUGAUUUGUUCGCUAUUUUGUUGAGAUUUCGAAAACAUUCUAUAGUUUUCACCGCUGAUAUAAAAAAGAUGUAUCGUCAAAUUUGGAUACAUCCAGAUCAGUGUGAUUUACAAUGUAUUUUAUGGAAGGAUUUAGAGGAUGAGAAAUUACGUGUAUUUAAGUUGCUCACUGUUACCUACGGAACCAAAUGCGCUCCUUACUUGGCGACCAGAGUACUAAAACAAAUAUGCUGUGAUGAGCAGAACAACUAUCCUUUAGCCGCUGCUGCUGGCAAAGAUUUUUACGUCGACGAUAUACUCAGUGGUACCGAGGAUUUAUCUUCUGCCAUUGAACUACAAAACCAGUUAAUACAAUUGUUAAAAUCAGCUGGUAUGGAGCUUCACAAAUGGAGCUCAAAUAAUCCUGUUUUGUUACAAAAUGUCCCAACGUCGGACCGAGAAUACAAUUUCGAUAACCCCAACUCAGCUACUUUAAAAACUUUGGGAUUACAAUUCAAUCCUGAAAAGGAUACAUUUAGUUUUAGUGUUCAAAAAAUUGUGAGACCUGCAACAAAAAGAACAAUGCUAUCGGACAUAUCCAGAUUGUUUGAUCCUUUAGGCCUCUUAGGACCUUUGAUAAUCACAGCGAAGAUGUUCUUGCAGAAGUUGUGGAUUUUGAGAAUUGAUUGGGACGAUGAAGUUCCCUUACACUUAAAUAGAGAGUGGGAAAAAUUUAGUUCUGAAUUGAGUCAAUUGAAAAAUGUAAACAUAGAUCGUCAUGUGGUAUGUUCUAAAGUUCUGAAAGUAGACCUGAUAGGCUUCGGAGAUGCUUCGAAAAAUGCAUAUGGUUGUGCUGUCUACACCAGGUCUUUGUCAAGGUCUGAUGAGAUAAAGGUGUCACUCUUAUGCAGCAAAUCUCGAGUGGCUCCCAUCAAAGAAAUUAGUAUCCCACGUUUGGAGCUGUGUGCAGCGGAUUUGCUUUCCAAGCUUACCGUUAAGGUUCUGUCAUCCUUGCAACUAGACAUUGAUGGAGUACAUUUGUACUCGGACUCCACUGUGGUGCUUGCUUGGAUGAAAACUCCACCUACAUCGUUGAAAACUUUUGUGGCUAAUCGAGUCGCUAGGAUUCAAGAGUAUACUAAGAACUUCCAAUGGCAUUAUGUAAAUACUGCUGAGAAUCCUGCGGACUUGAUAUCACGAGGAGUUUUCCCUUCAAAGAUCCAACAGUUGGACAUUUGGUGGCAUGGACCGUCUUUUCUUUCAUCUAGUAGCUGUCCAAACUUCAAUGACGAUCCUGGUGUCUCAGAUGAUGAAUAUCUUCUUGAGGUUUGUCAAGAAUCUAUAAGAAGCAGUGAAGACAACAGGUCCACUGAAUGCUGA